AUGGAGUACAGAAGAGCAAAGAAAUCGGUGGCCUUGGCUAAAGCAGAGUCAUGUAGGGACGUGAAUGAAAAGCUGGAAACAUCUGAGGGAGAGAAAAAAAUAUACAGGAUAGCAAAGGAUAGGAACAAAGCAACAAAGGACAUACAUCAUGUAAAGCAGAUGAAGAAUGCCAGUGGUGUGGCGCUAACGGAUGAGAAAAAGAUACAAGAAAGACAGAAAGAGUACUUUGGGGGGCUGUUGCAUGAAGAGAAUCCCCAAGAACAUCAUGGUCAUGGAACAUCAUACCCAGGUCUUACAGAAGUAGAAGUGGGGACAGUACUUAAGCGAAUGAAAAACAACAAGGCGACCGGGCCAGAUGUAGUCCCAAUGGAGGAGUAA